AUCAUGCUUACGAUCGAGUGAAACAUGUGUCUCUUGUACAACAUGGCGACCGGCAAGAGGCUUGCUGUAAUUUUUUCACCAAAAGCUAUCAAUUUAUUCGGCAACAAUAAACUAAACAAAUUUUCCUACAUUGUUUUGCAACAAUGCAACACAUGUCGCCAAUAUGUAUCGUCCGUCUCGCCAACUGUCAAUGGUUGGAAUCGCGACAAAGUAAAAAAAAAUCAUAUCGGAAAGAUAUUUCAAUAUUGUAGAGGCAUACACAUAACAAACAAAUUGUCAAAACGUAACUAUUACGAAGUUUUGGGUGUUUCGAAAAAUGCCUCGGCAAAGGAUAUAAAAAAGGCAUAUUUUCAGCUAGCUAAGAAGUAUCAUCCCGAUACAAAUAGGGACGAUCCCGAUGCAAGUAAAAAAUUUCAGGAAGUUUCUGAAGCCUACGAGGUGUUGAGCGAUGAUACUAAGAGAAAAGAAUAUGACACUUGGGGUACAACUUCUGAACAAAUGGGAAUGGGUCAGGGUCAGGGAGCCAAGGGAUAUAGUCAAAAUUGGCAAUAUAGGUCGACUGUUAAUGCGGAGGAACUGUUUAGAAAAAUAUUUGGUGAUGCUGGAUUUGAUUUUGAAGAAGAUUUUACAGAGACAAAGUUCGGAUUUGGUGCGGCUCAAGAGGUGAUAAUGAAUCUAACAUUUUCUCAAGCCGCUAGAGGUGUGAAUAAAGAUGUUCAUGUAAAUAUCAUAGAUACGUGUCCAAAAUGCCGUGGUUCACGUUGCGAAUUAGGCACAAAGCCAGUAAAAUGCCCCCAUUGCAACGGCACGGGAAUGCAAACUAUAAGCCAUGGUCCUUUUGUAAUGAGCUCAACUUGUCGUUAUUGUCAGGGUACACGAAUGCACAUCAAGUUUCCUUGCACUGAGUGCCAUGCAAAAGGACAAACGGUACAACGUAAGAGAAUAACAGUUCCAGUUCCGGCUGGUGUGGAGGACGGUCAGACAAUUCGUUUAUCCGUUGGCAAUAAGGAGAUAUUUGUGACAUUCCGCGUAGAGAAGUCCCGGUAUUUUCGGCGUGAUGGAUCCGACGUACACACCGAUGCGGAAAUCUCGCUUGCGCAAGCAGUGCUGGGUGGUGCAAUUCGAAUAGAGGGCGUGUACGAGGAUCACACGAUACAAAUAACGCCUGGUACAUCGUCUCACACGCGAAUUCGUUUGAACGGUAAAGGUCUGAAAAAGGUCGACGGAUUGGGAUACGGUGAUCAUUAUGUGAACGUUAAGAUCACCAUACCAAAACAAUUAACCGACAAGCAGCGAGCAUUGCUUCAAGCAUAUGCCGAACUUGAAAGUGACACUCCUGGCAGUAUACACGGCGUAACAUAUAAAACAGAUGGUACAAAAGAGUGCUAUUCGGGUCCGUUUAACUUGAUGGAAUCUAUACGAAUGGCGCUAGGUAAUGUGCCUAAUCGCGUAGAACAAAUCUCCGAGCUCAAACAUCCAGGAGAUAAGUCUCUUGAUAAUGAAUCCGCGCGUGCUACCAAAGAUACGUCGAGGAGCGAUAGAAAAAAUGAAACCAAGGCUGAGAAACAACGGCAGAAGAUGAGCUAAGAUGUGUAUAUAACGAAAGUUAUAUAUAUCAAAAAAAUUUACUACACUUUUAAUCAAGUUAAUAGGACUGAAGCACGAGAACCGAAUAAUGGUUGUACUUAGCAGCAAUACAACCGUUUGUUAAUUUUCCGGUUCGGCAGAAAUCUUUCACAGUUAAAAACAAAUCGUUGACAAUUGCGUUCUGCUGAACGUGGCAAAAAAUAAAUAAAUGAAUCCAUAUAUUGCCUCGAUAAUCUAGAUGUAUAGCCGUAUCGUAGUAUACAAGUUUAUUUGUUACGUCUUAUUUAAAUAAAGUGUACAUGAAAAGUGUA